AUGGCAACAGCAAGGCGACCAGAGAAGCCAUCGGUGCCCUCAGACCUCAUUCCAUCCUCAUCGCCGGCAUUCGGAACACCAGUCCAUCCCAUCAAUCCCCGCAGAACAGCCCCGAUCAAGGCCCCGCCUGCACUCAAACCCGCCGCAAAGUCGACUGUCCUCCCUAUUCUUCUUCCUCCAGCAACCCUACGGCCGCUAGCGUUUCGAACGUUCACCAAGAAGCAUAACCUCACCCUCACAUCUUCCGCUCUUCAAGCAUUAGCAACCUUCAUAGGGAAACACUGCGGCUCAGGAUGGCGAGAAGAAGGCUUAGCAGAGAAGGUCCUGGAGGAAAUUGCCAAAAGCUGGAAGAAAUGCGGCGGCCAGGUCAUUGUAGAGGGAGACAAUGAGACGCUCAAGGGUAUCCUCAAGACAUUGGAAGGGUCAAUGAGCGGUGGGAGAGUAGUCCAGGGCUCGAGUCUCGGCAGACAAAGCAGCUUCAACUUUGGGCCGGAUAUAUCAGGACAGAUGACUCGUCCGUCAAUAGACAGUAACACAAGUUUUGGCAUGUCGAAUCUGCAAGUGGAGGACAAGGAAGAAGAGGAAGAAGUAUCGAAAGAUCCUCGAGACUGGAUCAAGGUUAUCGGGGCUUUUGAGCAGCCGAAAUUAAUAUACAACUUCACCCAGAAGCAUUUUGAGAAAUCUGCUACGAAACCAUCACUAUUCCCUAAUCCCUCGCACAAGACUGAGCUGUUUCGCCAACGCUACCAUAUCGUACAUCAGCGCAUACUCAGAAAUGAGACAUUCCAAGCACCGACCUUCUCGACCGCUCGUUCAUCUACUUUGAAUCGUACUGGAUCGAUUGCGACGUCUCAAAUGAACUCAAUUACCCCAAUAGCCAAUCUGCUUGGCCGAACUGGAAGCACACAUUUGUUGUUAGGGAUGCUUACAGUGUCAGCGACUGGUGCUCUGUCACUUUCUGAUCUUACAGGUACAAUUACCCUUGAUAUCCAACACGCACGUCCUAUCCCGGAGAACGGCGCCUACUUCGCCCCGGGCAUGAUCGUCAUAGUCGAAGGCAGCUACGAGGAAGACAGUGGGACAACGUCAACCCUAGGAGGCAAUGGUGGUAUCGGCGGCACGAUAGGCGGCAAAUUUCUCGCUUUUUCAGUUGGUCACCCGCCAUGUGAACGACGUACAGCAACAUUAGGUGGUGCCGAAGAAGUAGACAAGAACAGCCUUGCUGGACCGGCAUUCGGUUGGACAGAUUUCUUAGGUGUAGGAUCACAACGUGCGACAGGAACUCGCAUGAACAAGAUAGCUGCGAAACUGCUCGACCCGGACCACGCACAUAACGUUGUCAUUGCAUCAGAUCUACAUCUCGACGUCCCUUCUACCCUCUCCGCUCUUCGAACUCUUCUACGAACAUACACCCCCGACCCAACAGACGCACAUCCCGUAUACCCCCUCGCCAUCAUCCUCAUGGGCAACUUCAGCUCAAAAGCCAGUCUCGCAGGCGUACCCGGCACAAGCAGCAUAGAAUACAAGGAACAUUUCGACGCCCUCGCCUCCGUCCUCGCAGACUUCCAACCCCUCAUCGCACACACAACACUCGUCCUUGUUCCUGGCGAUAACGACGCCUGGCCCAGUGCCUUCUCUGCCGGCGCCGCAACACCCUUACCCCGAAAGCAGAUCCCCACAAUGUUCACCUCGCGAAUCCGGAAAGUAGUCGCAGAAGCAAAUCGCGAGAUCUGGGGCGCAGGUAAAGCCAAAGGCAAAGAGGGUGAGGUGAUAUGGACAUCCAAUCCCUCCCGUCUCAGCUGGUUUGGCGUAAAAGGUGAAAUGGCAAUCAUACGAGACGACGUCGCCAGUCGUCUACAAAGAAACGCAAUCAGGUUUAAUAAACCGCCGCCCGAUGUCGACGACGAAAUGCCAUAUGCACCCAGCACGCAAGCGCAAGACGCAGCACAACAAGACGCCAUGGACCUCGACCUACCCCGACCUCCUCCAAAACCCCAACCCCAACAAGACCCAAUCGAUCCCGACACGCAGAUCGCCCGCGCCCUCACACGAACCAUUCUCUCACAAUCACAUCUCAGCCCAUAUCCCUUUUCAUCAAGACCGCUACAUUGGGAUUACGGUCAUGUGCUAAAUUUGUAUCCGCUGCCGACGUGUUUAGUGCUUGCAGAUAGUGGGGCGCCCAGUUUUGUGGUCAAGUAUUUUGGGUGUACGGUACUAAAUCCCGGAGCUAUUGAUGAGAGUGGGGGCCGCGGGAGGAGGGAUAGGAGGGCGAGGUGGGUGGAGUUUGAUGUUAGGGCUGGCACGGGGAGUGUAAGGUGUGAGGGAUAG